UAUUUCAUCCUCUCAAUAACCUCUGCUAUAAUAAUAACUCCCUUUCAUCUUCUCCACCUGUUCCCUAUAAUCCCCUCUUUUCUCCCUUCUCCAAAUCCCCUUAAAUUCCCUUUUCUUGUUCAUCCAUGUAAACAACCUCAAAACAAAAGAAAAAAACACACACACAUAGUUUUCAGCCUCCAAAAAGUGUGACCCUUUUGCCUCAAAACCAGAUCUGGAUUAAUUUUUUUUCACUUCUUGUUUUUAAUCCAAAGGCUUCACAGAUAAUGAAAUUAUAAUACAUAGUUUUAAGAGAAAAAAAAAUUGAAGAAGAUAAGGUGAAGAUGUUUAAUAGCCACCAUCACUUGCUCGAUAUGUCGUCCUCCGCCCAAAGAACUCCUGAAAAUGAGUUGGACUUCAUACGAGACGAAGAAUUUGAUAGCAAAUCCGGGACUGAUAAUAUGGAAGCCCCCAAUUCUGGAGACGAUCAAGCUGAUCCAAACCAACCUCCAAACAAGAAGAAGCGCUAUCAUCGCCAUACACAGCAUCAAAUCCAAGAGAUGGAGUCCUUUUACAAGGAAUGCAAUCAUCCCGAUGAUAAACAACGAAAGGAAUUGGGAAGAAGACUGGGGUUGGAACCGUUGCAAGUAAAAUUUUGGUUCCAAAACAAGCGUACUCAGAUGAAGGCUCAACAUGAACGAUGUGAGAACACACAAUUGAGGAAUGAAAAUGAGAAGCUUCGUGCUGAGAACAUGAGGUAUAAAGAAGCCCUGAACAAUGCGGCAUGCCCACACUGUGGAGGGCCUGCAGCCAUAGGAGAGAUGUCAUUUGAUGAGCAUCACUUGAGGAUCGAAAAUGCUCGUCUUAGAGAUGAGAUUGACAGGAUAACUGGUAUAGCUGGUAAAUAUGUUGGCAAAGCAGCAGUUAACUUUUCUCAUCCUCAACUUGCUCCACCUGAAGCACCUCGUUCUCUGGAUCUUGCAUUUGGGCAUCAAUCGGGCCUGCUUGGAGAAAUGUACGCUGCUGGUGAUCUUCUAAGAACCGCAGUUACAGGCCUUACAGAUGCUGAGAAGCCCAUGAUAAUUGAGCUUGCUGUUACAGCAAUGGAGGAACUUACAAGAAUGGCCCAAACUGAUGAACCAUUAUGGAUAUCAAGUUCAGGCAUCAUUUCUACUGAUACUUUAUGUGAGGAAGAAUAUGUUCGUACUUUCCCUCGGGGCAUUGGACCUAAGUCAGCCACACUAAAUUCUGAAGCCUCACGACACUCCGCUGUAGUUAUUAUGAAUCACAUCAGUUUAAUUGAAAUUUUGAUGGAUGUGAACCAGUGGACAAAUGUUUUUGCUGGGCUAGUAUCAAAAGCAAUGACCAUUGAAGUCUUAUCGACUGGCGUGGCAGGAAAUUACAAUGGAGCAUUGCAAGUGAUGACAGCUGAGUUUCAAGUUCCUUCUCCACUGGUUCCAACUCGCGAGAACUAUUUCGUAAGAUAUUGUAAGCAACAUGCUGAUGGAUCUUGGGCAGUGGUUGAUGUUUCCCUGGACAAUUUGCGCCCUACUUCAGUUUUGCGUUGCAGAAGAAGGCCAUCUGGUUGUGUAAUUAAAGAAUUGGCAAAUGGUUACUCAAAGGUUACGUGGGUUGAACACGUUGAGGUGGAUGAAAAAGCUGUCCACGACAUCUACAAACCUCUUGUCAAUUCAGGGAUUGCAUUUGGAGCAAAACGCUGGGUAGCAACAUUAGAUAGACAAUGUGAACGCCUUGCAAGUGCAUUGGCUAAUAACAUCCCAACAGGAGAUGUUGGAAUCAUCACAAGUCCAGCUGGUCGAAAGAGCAUGCAAAAACUUGCUGAGAGAAUGGUGAUGAGCUUUUGUACUGGUGUUGGUGCAUCGACAACUCACGUAUGGACAAUGUUGUCCGGAAGUGGUGCUGAUGAUGUUAGAGUCAUGACUAGGAAGAGUAUCGAUGAUCCAGGGAGACCUCCUGGUAUCGUGUUGAGUGCUGCAACAUCUUUUUGGCUGCCAGUUUCUCCUAAGAGAGUAUUUGAUUUUCUCCGGGAUGAAAACUCUAGAAAUGAGUGGGAUAUUCUUUCAAAUGGCGGGAAUGUUCAAGAAAUGGCACACAUUGCAAAUGGCCGUGAUCCAGGAAAUUGUGUAUCUCUACUCCGGGUCAAUAGUGGAACAAACUCGAACCAGAGUAACAUGCUGAUACUCCAAGAGAGCAUAACUGAUCCAACAGGAUCUUAUGUUAUUUACGCUCCAGUUGAUAUUGUUGCAAUGAAUACGGUGUUAAGUGGGGGUGACCCUGACUAUGUUGCUCUGUUGCCAUCUGGUUUUGCUAUCCUUCCAGACGGACCAUUGAAUCAUCAUGGUGGAGGUAAUUCAGAAGUUGGUUCUGCUGGUGGAUCGCUACUAACUGUAGCAUUUCAGAUAUUGGUUGAUUCAGUCCCAACUGCUAAACUUUCCCUUGGCUCAGUUGCAACUGUUAAUAGUCUCAUCAAGUGCACCGUUGAAAAGAUCAAAGGGGCUGUAACCUCUCAAAAUGCAUGAUCCAAAUCUAAGGUGGCAGGUGGCCUUGGAGGGGGAAGAGUUGAAAGAAAGUUACAGAGAUAUAUACAUGCAUUGUGAGACAAAGGUGAAGGAGCUAGUGAAGAACGCACCUCUUAGGAAAUCCUUGAUACUGCAAGGGUGUAGUUUUUUUAAAAAAAAAAAAAUAGGGUUUAGGGUAUUGACUUCACCAAGGCUAUCUUGGUACAUGUCAAAGAUAUAUAAAACUAAGCUAGCAACAAAGCUUUAUUUUGGUUUGAACCUUUUUGCUUUAAGGGUUAAUUGUUGGGACAAAUUCUCUUGUCUUUGAAAGAAGUUUAGUUUGACUUAUGAAAAGCUUAUGUUUGCUACAA